AUGCUAUAUCUCCUUUGCUCGUCCGUACAAAUUGGAUUUGGCUCUUUUUUCAUCCAACUUUCACUCAUCACAACAAUUUUGAUCACGGAUAAUAAGUUGCUGGUGCAUUGUCACGCCGGAAUUGGCCGCACCGGUGUUCUCAUUGCGUUAGACUGCGCCAUUUAUGAGCUCAAAAAUGCUGGAACUGUCAAUAUCAAGAAUCUCAUCGAAACAAUCCGGAAACAGAGACCACGAGCAGUGAUGAAUCGAUGGCAAUAUGCUUACAUAAAUGUUGUUGUGGCUGAACAGGCCUAUCAAAUGGGGUUGCUUGAAGAACGAACUUCUUCUGGGCAUAUCACGCGUCAGCUAAUCAACGAGGUCUGGCUGGAUCUUGAGGAUGAUAUGAAUCGUAACUUCGAGAACGAACUACCGCCAUCCAGUAAACUACGGGAAAAGAACGAUGCCAAUAUCCCUAUUAAUAACACUGUCCUUUCUUAA